UCAAACAGGACGAUUACGGCGGAUAGUCCAAAGGAUGCUGGCUCUCUAGCGGACUAGGGAAAUCGGAAACUCGGAAAAUCGGAAAAUCGGAAGACGGACUUUAACGAACUUCAGAGCGGAUCGGGCCAAAAAACCGAAUUCGAGGAGAGUGAUAAAAGAAACCGCAGGGCAAAAAAAAAAAGAAUAAGAAAAACCGAACCGGAGUCGCGCGCAUUAAGUGAUAAUAAAGUAGCGGCAAUCAUUUUUAAAAUUGUGUGCCAGCAGCUUAUGCAAAUGUAAAAGUCGCUUAAGAGCCAAUUCCCAAAUAUUCCUCAAGUUUCGCCCAAAAGAAAAAGCUAAGCAAGAAAAGCCGCAAUUUAAGUGUGCUGUGUGUGACCAAACAACUUUCAAGCCACCAACAAAACGAAAGUAAAGGAAGAAAAAAUAAAUCCGAAGGACUGGAAGGAAUUGUAAGCCGCAAAUGAACAGCGACAAAUGCCCGGCCCUCUUUUUUGCAGCACAAAUUAUGCAAAUGCUGCGCUAAGUGCGGCAAAAUGCUCGCAAUGCCAGCGACGACAAGCGAACGCCACAACAACUACAACUACAACUGCGGAAAAUAAGGGGAAAAGCGGAAUUAACAGCAACAACUAGUGGAGUCCUGCUCCGCAGGAAUAGGAUAUAGCAAGGAUAUAGCAAUAGCAACAAGGCAGCACCGCCAACACCGGCAGCACUGGCAGCAUCAGCAGCAGUAUCAACGGGCUGCAAAAUGCGCUUUGGCUUAAGGUUGAGCUGCCUUUGGCCAAGCUUUUUAUUAUGGCUAACAUGGAGCAGCGGUGGCAACGGGGACGGCGGCGGGGGAGUUAGCGCACAGCCAUCAUUAACCGAGAAAAUCCCAUUAGGUGCCAUUUUCGAGCAGGGAACCGACGAGGUGCAGUCGGCCUUCAAGUAUGCGAUGCUCAAUCACAACCUGAACGUCUCAUCCCGCCGAUUCGAGCUGCAGGCCUACGUGGAUGUGAUCAACACGGCGGAUGCCUUUAAAUUGUCACGACUGAUUUGCAAUCAGUUCUCACGGGGCGUAUACUCGAUGCUGGGCGCCGUCUCGCCCGACUCCUUCGAUACACUGCACUCCUACUCGAACACCUUCCAGAUGCCCUUCGUGACGCCCUGGUUCCCCGAGAAGGUGCUUACGCCAUCGUCUGGCUUCCUCGACUUUGCCCUCAGCAUGCGCCCGGAUUAUCAUCAGGCCAUCAUUGAUACAAUACAGUUUUAUGGCUGGCGCAAAAUAAUUUAUCUCUACGAUUCCCACGAUGGUCUGCUGCGCCUCCAGCAAAUAUACCAGGGCCUGCGCCCCGGUAACGAGUCCUUCCAAGUGGAACUGGUCAAGCGCAUCUCCAAUGUCAGCAUGGCCAUCGAGUUCCUGCACACGCUGGAGCAGAUCGGGCGGUUCGAGAACAAGCACAUCGUCCUGGACUGCCCCACGGAAAUGGCCAAGCAAAUACUCAUCCAGCAUGUGCGCGAUUUGCGACUGGGCCGUCGCACCUACCACUAUUUGCUGAGUGGUUUGGUCAUGGACGAUCGCUGGGAGAGCGAGAUAAUCGAAUUCGGUGCCAUUAACAUCACGGGCUUUCGCAUCGUGGACACGAACCGGCGGCUGGUGCGGGAAUUCUACGACAGCUGGAAGCGACUGGACCCCCAGAUGAGUGUGGGCGCUGGCCGUGAAUCGAUUUCGGCCCAGGCGGCGCUCAUGUACGACGCGGUGUUCGUCCUGGUGGAAGCGUUCAACAAAAUCCUGCGCAAGAAGCCGGACCAGUUCCGGAACAACGUUCAGCGCCGCAGCCAGACGCUAAUGGUGGCCCAGGCGGCGGCCUCGACGUCCAGCGACGGCUACAACUACAAUGCCAGCGGUGGUGCCAGUGGUAGUGGUGGUGCGGGCGGUGGAUUUCCCGGCAGCGAUUCCGGCGUAUCCGGUGGCAUGGCCUCGCGGGCACUGGACUGCAAUACGGCCAAGGGCUGGGUGAAUGCCUGGGAGCACGGCGAUAAAAUAUCGCGUUAUUUGAGAAAGGUGGAAAUCGAGGGACUAACCGGGGACAUCAAAUUCAACGAUGACGGCAGACGCGUCAAUUACACACUGCACGUCGUCGAGAUGACAGUAAACAGCGCCAUGGUCAAGGUGGCCGAGUGGAAUGACGAUGCCGGGCUGCAGCCACUAAAUGCCAAGUACGUCCGACUGCGUCCGCACGUGGAGUUCGAGAAGAACCGGACCUACAUAGUGACCACCGUCCUGGAGGAGCCCUACAUCAUGCUGAAGAAGGAGGCGUUUAACGAGAAGUUGCACGGCAACGAGCGCUUCGAGGGUUACUGCAAGGACCUCGCCGAUCUGCUGGCCAAGGAACUGGGCAUUAACUAUGAGCUGCGCUUGGUCAAGGAUGGCAAUUACGGCUCGGAGAAAUCCAGCGCCCACGGGGGCUGGGACGGAAUGGUGGGGGAGCUGGUGCGCAAGGAAGCGGAUAUUGCGAUUGCCGCCAUGACGAUUACCGCCGAACGCGAACGUGUCAUCGACUUUAGCAAGCCGUUCAUGUCGCUGGGCAUCUCCAUCAUGAUUAAGAAGCCAGUGAAGCAGACGCCCGGCGUGUUCAGCUUCAUGAAUCCUUUAUCACAGGAAAUUUGGGUGAGCGUCAUCUUCAGCUACAUCGGCGUGAGCAUCGUGCUCUUCUUUGUGUCGCGCUUCUCACCACAUGAAUGGCGGCUCGUGCAACAGCCGCCGCAGCAAUCACAGUCGCCAGAUCCGCAUGCACAUCACGAACAGCUUGCCAAUCAGCAGCCGCCCGGCAUUAUCGGGGGUGCCCCGCUGCCCGCUCCGCCCGGCCCGCCCACUCCGGGCGCCCAGACGGCAGCCGGAGCGGCAGCCCUGCAGGCGGCCCUCUCCGCCGGCAGUCUCGGAGGAGCCGGCGGCUCCGGCUCGACGGCGGUGAACGAGUUCAGUGUGUGGAACGCCUUCUGGUUCUCGCUGGCCGCCUUCAUGCAGCAGGGGUGCGAUCUGUCGCCGAGGUCCGUGUCCGGACGAAUUGCAGCCGCCUCAUGGUUCUUCUUCACCCUCAUACUCAUCUCCUCGUACACGGCCAACCUGGCCGCCUUCCUCACCGUGGAGCGGAUGGUCACGCCGAUCAACUCGCCGGAGGACCUGGCCAUGCAGACGGAGGUGCAGUACGGCACUCUGCUGCACGGCUCCACCUGGGACUUCUUCCGGCGCUCCCAAAUCGGACUCCACAACAAGAUGUGGGAGUACAUGAACUCGCGCAAGCACGUCUUCGUGAAUACCUACGACGAGGGCAUCAAACGCGUGCGCACCUCCAAGGGCAAGUACGCCCUGCUGGUGGAGUCCCCCAAAAACGAGUAUGUGAACGCCCGCGAGCCCUGCGACACAAUGAAAGUGGGCCGCAAUCUGGAUACAAAGGGAUUUGGCAUCGCCACGCCGCUCGGUUCGGCGCUCAAGGACCCCAUCAAUCUGGCCGUGCUGACGCUGAAGGAGAACGGCGAGCUGAUCAAGUUGCGCAACAAAUGGUGGUACGACAAAACGGAGUGCAGCACCCACAAGGAGGGCGCCUCGCACAACGAGCUAUCGCUGAGCAAUGUGGCUGGGAUAUUCUACAUACUGAUUGGCGGCCUGCUUGUCAGCGUGUUCGUGGCCAUCCUGGAGUACUGUUUCCGGAGCAAAGACUCGCGCUCCGCUUCCGGCGGAUCCGGCAUGGGAAUGGGCAUGGGCAUGGGCAUGGGGCUGGGCGGAGUGGGGGGCGGCAGUCUGGGCAAGGCCAACGGCUCCAUGAUGCUGGGCCCUUCGAGCGCCGUGCCCGGCGUGAUGCCGUCCACACAUCAAAGGAGUGCGCUGACGGACACCAUGCACGCCAAAGCGAAAUUGACCAUCCAAGCGAGCCGCGACUACGACAAUGGACGCGUCGGGUAUCUCAAUUGUGCCUCGUUGCAGUAUUACCCGCCCGCCCAGCUCUCGGCCACGCCCCCGACACCGGGGACGCCCUGCACAUGAACGCCCACGGGCAGGUCUGACAUGAGCACGCGCAGGAGUCGCGCCUCUGACGCACCCCCUGCGCCCCCACGAUCCGCCGGAUAAUGGCCAACAGUCGCCAGGAGACGGAGAAGAUGAUGGGUGGUGGUCACGGUGGUCACGGUGGCCACGGUGGCCACGGCGGCACCGUCAACGUAUCCGUUCCGGCCACCUGCUCGGGCAGCAUGAACGGCAGCCACGAGGGCAGCCUCACCUUGUCGCCGGGCAGCGGUAGUGCCACUCUGAUGCGCCACUCGCCGGACAUCAACCAGCAUCCGUAUGGCAAGUAAGUGCUCGGAUGGGUUAGCAAUAAGGACACCUAGUUGUAAGUACCACUUGAAAAGCCGCCAAACAUCUGCAUUCACAUACACACGGACAGGAGCUCAUAAAAUGCUGCAUACUUUGAGGCGUUGGCAGGAAAUUUUUCGUUAUUUCGCACCUUCUAACUUUCUCCGAAGUUAAGCAAAGUUAUUUUGAAAUGUUCCCAAUGAACCCAUUGUUCUGCUUAUUCUAUAUAAUGUUUGAAAACCCUUUUUUCUGUAUUUCAUGAACAAUUACAAAAAACAGUGCCAAAAUGUUUAAAGAUUUAACUGAAUUAAAAAAAUACAUUUCAAGCAUGCACCUUAGCAUUAAAAUCUGAUGCAGUUUUAAGUCAAAAGCAUUGUUCUUUUCAUGCCACGAACUUAAAUAAAAUGGAUUGCAAAAGUGAAAAUUGUAGAAUAUGUCAUAAUAUUCUUGGCCCACUUGAGGAGCGAUUGCUUGCGAUAUUAAUGGUUAUAAAUUUGCAAUAAGUGCACCAGAAUUUCAACAAUAAAUCUCGACGCUGAGCGAUGCAACAAAGUAUGCAGCUUUAUUUAUGUGGCCAAAUUCAAAUAAUUGCGCUGCGCAAUCAGUUGGCAAAUUUUUUUAGUCUGUCAGCAAUGCAAUGCAAAUGAAUGGUAUAAAUUAUUGCAUUACUGUUAACAGUCAGCUGAGCUGAGUUGUGCUGAGGAUCGGAUCGGAUGAGAUGCAGUCAGGUGGGGCGGGAAAAUGAGGGCAAACAACCGAAUGACAACAUAAACGAGGCGGAAGAGACAACAUGCUAAACACGAAAUAACCAUAAACACACACAGAAAUACGCGGCCAGCUGCAUACUUACAUAUAUAAACACUGCAAUUCAUUGCAUUCAAAUGACUGAUUAAUAUUUUUAAUAAACAACACAUGCGCCGCAACUCAAUAGCUAACAGGAAAAAUGUGAAAACACGCACAAAACAUGGGAUAAGUGUUCAGAGCGGGAUAUUCAUUUUUUUUCCUCCUCAAUUAUCAUUGCGGGAUUUGUUGUCGCUUAUUUGUUUAUAAUUAAAUUACAGAAAAUAUGGGCAAAGAAAAAACGCUAAUGAAUACAAAGCGAGUGUCAGAGGGGGGCCCAAAACAAAUAUUGUAAUAAAUUAAUUAGCGCUAAAUAAAGAAAAUAGUUUAACCCAUAGUUCAGCUCAUGAAUG